CUCUGCGAUACACAAACCAAAUUCUGUGUUUGAUUUUUCAGGUUUUUAGUGUCUUUGAGCUGAGAGAGUGAAAGUGGGUUUAAUUUUCUUGGACUAGAUAAUUUUGGGAAAGCAAGCAAGAUGAUGGGAAGUAGUAGAAUUGUGAAGAAGAAGAAGACAGAACCCAAUGGGGCUAAGGGUCAAGGCUUGAUAGAUGUGGUCUUUUCUUGGUCUCUUGCUGAUGUACUCAACAAAGAUCUUUACAAGAACCAGGUAAAGCAAAUUCCAAUGACAUUUUCAUCAACAGAACACUACAUGAAGUCAUUCAUCAACCCACUCAUUGAAGAAACGCAUGCUAAUCUGUUCUCAUCCCUGGAAAGGUUGUCUCAUGCACCUUUCUCUCAAGUAUUGUCUCUUGAAAUAACAAAAGACUAUAAGCCUCCCAAGGACUUGUUCUACAAAAUCUCACUGAAGAGAGGCAACACUGCAAAUGAUCAUGUAACCAAAUUAUGAGCCUGAGUUUGAAGACCUCAUUGCCUUAACAGAAGUCAGGCCCAAAUGCAUUGAUGAUCUCAACAAACCCAAAUCACCUUUUCUUGUUGCUGUUGUUCAGAGGAUGAAGGAUGGUUAUGAUCAUGAUAAGCUUAUAAUUAGGUCUUCAAAGCCCAUUGCUUUUUAUGCAGAUAAAGAAGAGCAUAGGAAGAAGAAGAAAAGUCUUUUUGUUGUUUUUUUGACAAACAUGAAGACUAAUGUUCGUAUAUGGACGGGCAUUGAACUCGGAGCUUGAAGGGGGGAACAUGAACAUCAUCAAAACAGUGCUUCAAAUUGAUCCCAAUGUAAGAAUCUAAUAUGAUUCUCUCUCCUUACUGUGAAUUUAGGCUGAUUUUUCUUCAUUUUGAUUUUUCUCGUGUGAACUCUUUCUACAGGUGGAGACAGAUUGUACCCAGUGUGACUCUCAAGAGAAUGACAGUGUUGUUGUACACAAUGCUAGAAAUGCCAUCAGUUCUUUCAAUCUAGACGAUUCCCAAAAGGCAGUUGUUCUAAGUUGUUUGGAUACAAGAGAAUGUCAUCAUCAGAUUUCUGUCAAACUAAUUUGGGGUCCUCCUGGGACCGGGAAGACGAAGACGGUUCAUUACUAUUUGCUUUGUUUAGGAUGAAAUGCAGAACACUGACUUGUGCUCCAACUAACAUUGCAGUGUGGGAGUUGCAACAAGGCUUGUGAGUUUAGUAAGAAAAUCAUUCCAGCAUGAUACUUAAGGUUUGGGAGAUAUAGUUUUGUUUUGUAAUGGGGAGAAAGCGAAGAUCGAUGAUCAUGAAGACCUUAUCGAUGUAUUUCUUGAUUACCGCAUCUCUGUUCUUGCUAGUUGUUUUGCUCCAAUGUCCGGGUGGAACAAUAGUAGUGUGGAGUCAAUGAUAUGUUUGCUUGAAGACACUGAACUGUUGUACCGAAGGUUCUAAAAAGCGGUUGCGGUCGCCGUAACGGUGGCGAUGAUGCGAUUAUGGUUGUGUGAUGUAAAGGCCGUAGUGUAACGGUUGCGGUAACCAGAACCGUGAA